AUGAGCGUCGGUGCGGCAUGGAACUGCGCGUUCCGCCUCGCUGCCGCCAUCGUUCUCAUCGUCCUCGUCGUCGUCGCCAGCGGUAGACGCGUCGAUCUCAUCCGCGCCUUCGACAUCGACGAAGAGGUUCGAACGGAGAGGAGUGUGCAAUCUUUGACGAGUGCUCGAGUGAUUUCCGACGACGGGCACGUCGAGCGCGACGCCGACGUCGAGCGCGACGCACGCGUGGACGUAGUGAGACCGAGCGUAUCCAUUGAAUCGACGGUGGCCGACGCGGCGUCGACGAGCGAGACGAGGCGAGACGAACGCUCGAGGAGCGCUUCGUGCGCGUUGCACGUGUUUCGGCACGUCAGCAAGACGGGCGGGACUACGAUGCGGUUCUUAUUCGAUCGGCAGACGGUUUUGGGGACUUGGGAGGCGCCGAUACCGUACGGCGCGACGGAGGAGGAGUGGACGACGUUCAGAGAGGCGUGGAGGGAGGCAGCGAAAGGGAGCGCGGAGGGUGAGCGGGAGACGCCGCCGAGAGCGCUCGUCGAGGUGCGCGGGCAUCAUCCGUCGAGCUGGAGCGCGGCGAAUUUCGAGCGCGUGGUGAUGGAAGACUUGAAGAUAUUGCGUGAGGAGUUUAAAGAAACGUGCUCGGUGACAUCCUCGUACCUGGUGCGGCGACCGGUGGACCAAUACGCGAGUUACUACGAUUAUUACGUCCGACACUCACAGGAAGAGGAGCGGGCGAAGGAAUUGAGCGGGAACUCGACGAAGAACACCUGGGGAAGGAGCGUGCACGAUUGGGCAGCGGUGAAGCCUGACCUACAAACGCGAGAGCUCUUGUGGAAGGAACAGUGCGUGCACUCCCUGCGAGUGGCACCUUUCGAUGAAGGUCACACUUGGGCGGAGGACUGCCUCGUCGUGAGCGACGAGGAGUGGUCGCGCGUCAUGAAAAUGUUCGACGCAUUCGACGUCGUGGGCACGACCGAUCGGUUCAACGAGUUCUUACUUGUCGUUGGCAAGGUCGCGGGAAUAGAGAACCUUCGAUACGUGUACUCGAACGCGGGUAAAUCCGUCCACUCGGUUGAUAAGGAGGCGCUCGAGAAAACGAUAAAAAACGUAACGACGCGUGAUGCGGAGCUCUACUCCACAGCGAACGCCGCGCUGAAUAGCGCGAUCAAGUCCGCGUUCGGCUCCAUCGAUUCAUUUCGCAAAGAUGUAUUAGCGCCAUUCGAAAGCGCGACGAUAGAAUCGAGCCACCGCAAAUACGUUGGCGGUAAACCAGGGAGCGAGCCGAAAUACAAGUGGGUGCGAGCGAAGGACGCGAAGUCGCACGACGUGACUUCGAUCGAGCUCCCGAUGUGGGUCAUGCCCGACGGCGGCGGCCAAGCGAGGGCAUAUAUGAUCUCCGAACCCGUAGUCAUGGUCGAGCGUUCCGCGUGUUCCGCACCGUGCGUCAAGGGCUGUAACUUUGAUUAG